AUGAUGGCUUUAUGGGCCACAAAGUUGUCAAUCGGUUUGGACGACGACAAGCCUGUCGCUUGUCUGAUGUCCGCCAGAACCGAAAUCCAACUCAAUGCAGAAUGCAACAAUCUACAGGCACAGGCAAGCAUCCUUCAAGCACAGGCAAAUGUGCUUAUUCAAUGCGGACUCAAGGACGAGGCAAAGGAAAUUGCAGCAGAAUUGAAAGCUCUGCGUGAGAAUCACAACAACAAUAUCCAAUCCAAGAUGUCCGCAAAGAAAGGUGGAAGAGAACAAAUGGACUUUGUUGAUCUAGCUGGUCAUGAUGAGGACAACAGUAGCUCUGACAGCAGCAUUCAAAAUGAAAACAACUAG